AUCAGAAUUGUCGCUAAUCCUGGGUUAGCUUAACUAGGCCCUGAACAACCCAGACAUGACAGACAGACAGUUCAGUAAAUUUUUUGAAUUAUCAAAUGUAUUCCUUUUACAUGCAUUUUCUGAAAUAUGCAAGUUUUAAUUGUGAAGCGCUUAGAUAUUCAUCGAAAUAUCUGUUUUUAUCAAGGCAGUAAAAACAUUUCAAUCUAUCAACGACUCAAGGAACAUUUUCCACUCAAUUUUGUCAUCAUUUAAAAAUUUACACUGCAACUUAUAAGAAAAAAAAUGAUAGUUUAACAUAAAUGCAAUUUUCUUUUUAUAAGGGUUGGAUCCCAAUAUUAACUUAGCUAUUGAAUAUCUCCUUACAGCACCAUGCCUUCAAAGAAGGCAAAAUGGCGGAAGAAAUUCGACGAACAGAACAGACCUCCGGACGAUGCUAAAAAGUCCGAAGAAACAGCAGGACAAAAUGAAGAAGCACAAGGCAAGACAUCACUACGAACAGAAGGAGCUGAAACGAAAGGAGGUGCAUGUGGAACAACUGCUGAUGAAAUACCAGAUGACAGUGCUAAGGAGGAGAGGCGAGACCACAGAGGCCGGCUAAGAGGAAAGCAGCGCGAAUUAGGACGAAAAGGCCGACAUCAGAAACGAGGUCAUGGAAGGGAAGAGACUAGUCCAGAGCCUGAAGCUACAAAGGAACCAAAGGAAGGAGGCACACGAAAGACAACAGCAGACGGAAGUCAAUUCCCAGCGUCACAAGAUGCAGAAGGCAAAGCUCAAGGUGCGAACUUUGACAAACAGAACAACCAAGCUCAUGGAGGACGCGGGAGAGGAGCAUCAUGGGAACAGCAAAAAGGUCGAGGGCCGUCGUCACGGGGAAGAGGAGAACCUUCAGAUAGAAACCAAGAACAACGUCCAGGAAGGCCUUUUCCGAUGAAUGCUGAUUCCCGUUCACCACCACAAGACAAAACACAUCCCCCUCCUGUUCGCAGAUUUUUUCCUGCAAAAUGUGUCCUAGACCUGAAAACGUUAAAAGAGAUGAAUCCCAGUGAAGUAGUCUACAAGUUAAAUGAAAGUAUGGCUCGCUUUAAGUUCUUUCUAAGAACACCGCAGGAGCAUCACAACAGCGAUGAGUUCAUCUUCGACCUCACGUGCACAUUGGCAACGGCCUGUAGUGCGCCACCGGAUGAGAACACGAACACGAUUCUAUCCGAGCUUAAAGGCUCGGUAUUCUUGAGCUCGAAGAUUCCUCGCCUUCUCGAUCGUGUUCAAGUGUCGACGGCCUUGAUAAACCAAGAUUCCCAAAGAAGACUCAUUCAAUGCCUGAUCAAAUUAUUCAGGUGGUAUUUGAGGCACUUGCCCAGUUCAUAUGCUGACAUACCUUACCAUAAGUUGAAAGACGCUUUGGACCAGUCAAGCAUUGACGGAAAAGAUGACUUGCGGAGAGAGUUAGAGGCUUUUAAGCAAGCCAGAGAUAAUAUCAUCAUUGCCGAGAGACACCAGAAGCAUGGAAGACGUUACGUCAAUAGAACAGGACAAAAGCCGCCAAACGACUUUAGAGACAUACCGAUUUGUCCCACAAGCAAGGAAAUCACAUCUCAAGAGCGGCCUUUCCUACGUGAGAACAUUUUAAAGGGAAGAUAUGAAGAUGCUGAGCACUACCUUGAUGUGCAGUUUCGAUUACUUAGAGAGGAUUUCCUCGAACCAUUAAGAGAAGGUAUCUAUGAAACUACACACAACGUUCCGAGAGCACAACGCAAUCAGCUGAUGAAAAGUUACCAUGGAGUACGCAUUAUUGGUAAGGAAUUCACAUUCUCCGGAACUAUUCACACCGCUAAAUUUGAUGUCUCCAACUUCGGUUCGACCAGCUGGACACACUCGAAGAAACUAAUCUUUGGCUCACUCCUGUGUCUUUCAAAAGACAACUUCGAAACAAUGCUUUUUGCCACAGUUGCUAAUCGAGACCCAGAGUACCUGGAGAAAGGUAUAUUUGACCUUCGAUUCAUUGAAGAACAAAACAUUUUUGAUAUCGAGAAGCGCAGAGAUCAGUACCAAAUGGUUGAGUCACCAGCUUAUUUUGAGGCCUAUCGUCACGUACUUAAAGGGCUCAAGGAACUGGACGAGAACAACUUGCCUUUCAAGAAGUAUUUGGUUGAAUGUUGUGGCGAUGUAGAUCCACCAGAAUAUCUAAGACGCGAAGAUGGAUAUCCAGUGUAUUAUGACCUUAGCGAGGCGCUUCACGUACCGGAUGGAACUAGAGUACCUGUUCUCGAUCCCAAAGCGUGGCCACCAGUUGAAGUCCUUCCUCUGAACAGCUCUCAGCUGGAAGCGUUAAAAACAGCUGUGACAACUGAGUUUUCGGUCAUCCAAGGCCCCCCAGGAACAGGAAAAACCUACGUUGGAACGAAAAUCGUGCGAUGCCUUCUUGACAACCGACAACAGUGGGAUCCUGAAAACACAUCUCCAAUGUUAAUGGUUUGCUACACAAACCACGCUCUCGAUCAGUUUCUUGAAAAGGUGUUAGAAUUUCUCCCGCCGAAAAGGAUAAUUCGGGUAGGGGGACGAUGCAAGAGUAAACAGCUGGAAGAAUGUAAUUUAAAGGCCCUUACAAGGCGACACAGAAGAACCUAUAACCACAAUUUCAUAGAGAAGAAAAUACGGGACAAUGAAAAAGAAAUGAAAGAAUGUAACGACGUCCUUGCCAAAGCAGACAAAGUACUUUUGGAAUUUCCUGAUUUGGAAGAUGGGAUGAACGCACGACACACUGACCAACUUUACGAUGCAGUCUAUCCACGUAACGCAACAAGCGAUUGUCAGAAUACUCCCAAUACCUUUAAAUUAUGGCUAUGCAACAACACGCCGUUGAAUGACCAGAACAAAUGCUCAAAUACCCCAACAAAAGACGAUGACCUUGAAGGCCAAGAUGGAUCGAUCCUUCCAGAAGAUGGUACAGGUGGAGAUUUCGAUGGCUUUCUUGAUGAUGCGGAGUUACGAUUUGACGUUAAAACUGACACUAACCAUGUCCAGAGCAAAGUACCCUGUCCUGAUGAGCAGUUCAUGAAGUACAGACCCAAAGAAAACUCAGCAAAUGAAAUUGCAAAAGAGGAUACAGACGGAAACUUGCCCGCGAACUCUGUCUUCUUGGAUGGAUCUGCUGAAAGUGACUGUCCAAAUGAGUUGUUAGAGCACACUGCUUUCAAUGCUUCAUCCGUCGACGAAAGCAAGGACAAAACUGAACGAGCACAUGAAGGUAACGAAGAGACAAUCACGGUAGAAGGCGAAGCGACGCGAAUCCAUAAUCAAAGAUUUAUAGAGGGAGAUGAAGAAUAUGUGUCAGCGAGAUUACAACCAGGCUAUAAAGGAAAAAGCCAAGACGUAGAGGAGGGACAAAUGGAAGGAGGUAAUGGAAGGACAGUUGAAGACAUUGAAGGAUGGACAAAGGUUUCCUACGGACGAAAAUCCAAUCGAUGCGUCUGGCUAGAUAACGAAGGUAGGAAUAACCAAAACGACAGAAAAGCUGAGUCGGUCAAAGUUGAAAAUAGCCAGAGCAAGGAUACGGGCAACCAAAAACGUAAAAGAAAGAAGAGGGAGGAAAAGGAGAAGAUUGCUCUUACGGCAGACACCACCAAUUUACAAAGUCAGUUACAAAAAUUAAAAAUGAUGUCCGAUGACGAAGCAAUGAGGGUGGCAAAUAUUUGGUUCCUGUCAGUAAACGAUCGCCUCCGGUUGUACCUUUACUGGGUUGAAUGCUACCGGCAACGCCACAGAAUUGAGGUCCAAAGAAGGGAACAGAAGCAUGAAGAGCUUUGUGCUGAAUUGGAAUGGAUUAGAGGCGAAGAGGAGAUAGGGUUCAUAGGUCAAGCAACAGUCGUUGGAAUGACAACCAGCUGCGCUGCCAGAUACCACUCAAUGUUACAGAGAAUAGCUCCCAAAAUCGUCAUCAUAGAAGAAGCUGCUGAGGUUAUGGAAGCCCACAUCAUCACUUCUCUUUCACGUAACACAAAACAUACAAUUCUCAUUGGAGACCACAAACAACUCCGCCCGAAAGCAACAGUCUAUGAGUUAGCCCAGAAAUAUAACCUGGAGAUCUCAUUGUUCGAAAGAAUGGUAAUGAACAACAUGGACUGCAAAAGGUUGUGUAUACAGCAUCGCAUGCGCCCUGAGAUUGCUGCACUAACGAAGAGAAUCUACGAUCAUGACAUAACAGACCACCCAACUGUGUGCCAAUUUCCUGACAUAACCGGCCUACGCCAGAACCUGUUCUUUGUUGAUCACUGUGAACCUGAGUUCCUAAUAGGCGGCCUACAGAGCUACACAAACCCUCACGAGGCCACCUUCCUAGUAGAACUUUGCUAUUAUCUUCUUCUCCAAGGUUACAGACCAAGCCAAAUUACAAUUCUAACCAUGUAUACCGGUCAGUUGUUACUUCUUCAAAAGAAAAUGCCCAAGAGAACAUUUGAUGGUGUGAAGGUUUGUGCGGUGGACAACUUUCAAGGUGAAGAAAAUGACAUCGUUCUUCUUUCGUUGGUAAGAAGCAAUUCAGAAGGUCGGGUUGGUUUCCUAGGCGAGUCCAACAGAAUCUGCGUUGCACUGUCACGAGCUCGCCAAGGACUUUACUGCAUUGGCAACUUCAGUCUACUGAAAAGAAAGUGCAAGCUGUGGCAGGAGAUAUGUGAUGAUCUAGAAACACACAACGCAAUCGGCGAGACCCUUCAACUGGUUUGCAAGAACCACAGUAAUGUCACUCAUGUACUUACUUCACACGACUUUGACAGAUUUGGAGGAUGCAAGAUGACCUGUGGGCAUCGUCUUGAUUGUGGUCAUGCUUGUGACAAGCCAUGUCAUGCUUUAGACGUCUACCAUGAUCCAGAGCACAAGGAGGGUCAGUGUAUCAAAUUAUGCUUUAAAUGUUGUCCAAAUGAGCACCAUUGUAAAGAGACGUGUCAUUAUCCAAGACCCUGUGGCGAUUGUUACGAAGUUAUGUGGAGGACGGUUCCUCAGUGUGGUCACGAACAGCCCGUACCAUGCAGUGUUGACCCCGCAAAAUUUUCUUGCACUCUAAAAUGUCAGAAGGUCUUGAAAUGCGGACACAACUGUAGUAAUACAUGUGGGGAGUUAUGCACCACUCAAUGUAAAGUCAAGUGCAUAAAACGCCUUUCUUGCAAUCACGAAAAACGUAUGGCGUGUUUCCGUGAUCCGAUGCUCGAAACAAACUGUAACAACAACUGCGAGAAGACUCUGGCAUGUGGCCACCCUUGUGCAAAAAAAUGCAAGGAGCAAUGUCAAUGUAACACUGAAAUUAUAGUACAGUUACCGUGUGAGCAUAGGAGACAAGUCUUGUGCCACAAGAAAGACUCUCCAUUCCAGUGUUUUGAGAGAUGCAGAAGAUCAUUGGACUGUGGACACGACUGCCCUGGCAUUUGUCACGAGGACUGUGGGAAGAAGCAGUGUAAAGAAGAAGUCUACAAAGUUCUUCCAUGUGGCCACCAGCAACGUGUGCCUUGUUACCUUGAACCCAAAAAUGCUUUUUGUUACGCUCCCUGUCAAAGAAAGUUGAAGUGCGGACACAAAUGUUCACUUGUGUGCGGUCGUCUGUGCCAUGAGGUUCCAUGUGAAGAACUGUGCCCAGCGAAGUGUGAGCAAGGUCAUGCAUGCCAAAAACAAUGCCACUUUGGUUUCGCAUGCGGCGAUUGCAUGGUAGCGGUUAACAAGACAAUUCCCAAGUGCAAGCACAGCAUUGAGGUGCCCUGUUACAUCGAUCCAGCUUCUCUGACGUGCAAAAAGCCAUGUGACAGAUUAAAUGAAUGUGGGCACCCUUGUCGAGGCAUUUGCAGCAAGAAGUGCGAAUCUCUGCCCUGCAAGGAGAACGUAGACAAAAGGUUACCAUGUGGUCACGUGACGACUCUACCCUGUCACAAGAAUCCCGGAAAGUACAAAUGCAAGGAAAGAAUAACGGUUCAUUUGCCAUGUGGACACAAGCAACAAUUACUCUGCCACAUUGCAAAGACCAGCGAACAAAACAGAUUGUGCAAUGAGAAAGUUGAGAAGGAACUGCGGUGUAAACACAAACUUACUCUUCCCUGUCACAAGAAUCCUGAAGACUGCAAGUGUAAGAAGAGAGUCGAUGUCCAACUACCAUGUGGUCAUAUGAAGUCUCUUGUCUGCUCUACUGUGACAGCAGACUUACAAAAUGUUCCUUGUAUGGUGAAGAUCCAUCGAAAGCUACCUUGUGAACAUGAAGUAACUCUUCCCUGUCAUAGAAGUCGAGGGGAACACUGUUGUCAGGAAGAGGUUCAAAUUAACCUUGCAUGCGGGCACAAAAAGCUCACAACAUGCUCCAAAAUGAGGGAUGAAUUGAAGAGUGAAACAUGUGACACAAAGGUUACAAGAAAACUACCCUGUGGUCAUGAAAAGGAGAUGAAGUGUUCAGAUACCCAAGAGGAGGUUUUUUGUGAUCUUCCAUGUGACCGCUUUCUUCCAUGUAGUCACCCUUGUGCCCAAAAAUGUGGCAAUGACUGCGCUACCUUCAAAUGUGCUGCCAGAAUUCAAAAGGAUUUAGCAUGCGGAUUCCACAGAGUCAGUUGUCUUUGCUCUGACGAUGUGUCCCAAUUUGUCUGUGCAAAUAAAUGCACGAAGAAUUUGCCUUGCGGUCACUUAUGUCCUGGUAAAUGCUCUGACGACUGCAGCGAGUUCACAUGCCGCAAGAUGGUGUUCAAGCAUCUUGACUGCGCAGGAAAGCACUCUAAGAAAAUGCCCUGUAGCGAGGAUUCCAGCAGCGUAACAUGCAAGGAGAACUGCAGCAAAACUCUCGAUUGUGGUCACCCGUGUCCGGGCCUUUGUAGCCAACAAUGCGAAAGUUUGAGGUGCAAGCGAAAAGUAGAAAAAACAUUUUCUUGUGGCCACAGCGCAUCACUUCAGUGCUUUCAAAGAAAAACCGCGACCUGCAUGGCACCUUGUCGGCGUCGAAAGAGCUCAUGCAAACAUAUUUGUAAAGGAAUUUGUGGACAAGAUUGUUCUAAUUAUCCUUGCGAUGUACCUGUGGUUAAAAACCUUUUGUGUGGUCAUAAGAUCCAGAUGCUUUGCAGUCAGUCUACUGAUGAUGUACAGUGCCCUGCUUCAUGUGGAGCAAAGUUGCCAUGUGGUCAUCAGUGUUCUGGAAUAUGUGGCGAUUGCCAACAAAAUGGCUCACAUGAAUUGUGCCACCGUCCGUGUGGUCGAUUACUUGUUUGUUCGCACCGCUGUAAAGCAACAUGUAGUGAGCCUUGCCCCCCCUGUGACAGGAAAUGUGGCCGAUGUUGCCCUCAUGGAAAAUGCAAGAAACGUUGUUCAGGGUUGUGUGACACGUGCACAGAACCGUGCACAUGGAGCUGUCCUCAUUACCAGUGCAAUAAUCUUUGUGGAGAGGAAUGCGAUCGCCCUCGCUGUGAUGCUCCCUGUCCCAAGAAGCUGCCUUGCCGCCACUCGUGUAUUGGCUUGUGUGGAGAAAACUGCCCCACUGUGUGCGCCGUUUGUCAUUCUAAGAAGCUUUCUUCCAUGUUAGAGGAUGGACGUCGAAACAAGACGGACCCCACACGAUGUCUGCAACUUUUCGACUGUGGUCACAUCAUUAAAGUUGAAGAGAUGGAUAGGUGGAUGCUCCAAGAACUGGCUAGCGAUGAUCAGCUAAGGAGAUGCCCAAAGUGUUCUACAUCAAUUACGUUUAGCUAUCGUUACGGAAAUAUCAUCAAAAGAUCACUGAAAAGCAUUGAAAAUGUAAAGAAAAGAGUACACGAGGUUGUAUACGAAGAAACCACUUCUGCCAGCGUUCUUCUAUCAAAACGGGGACUGCGCAAUGAUGUAACCAAGCUUAAGUUUCCACCACAAGUCGUAAGUGUUGUGCAGUCGAAUUCAAACACAAGGAACUGGCUCGAUUGGCCGCGUGUGCCUGGGCGCAUUGCUCUUUUCAUAUUCACACUAAAAAAUCACCUGUUGAUUCUACAGCAAGCGCAAAGAACACAUGAGGAGCUACAAGAGGCAUUGAUUGGUCUUCGAGGAAGUUCGCAAGAGCAGGUGGAGCUGAAAGAGCUAUGGAACGACACCAAAAAUGCGUUGGAAAAGAUCAAAGUGUACCUAGAGGAACCUCAACUUGAUUUGAAAACUCUAAGUCAAGUGUUUGAACAGACAAGAAAGUUCUUUCUUUUCUCUCAAGUUUUAGAGGCCCAAAGCAAGGCUAUCAUGCGUCAGAUUCCUUUGUCAAGCAAUGGGUCAACUCGACUGAGACUGGCAUGCCAUCGCUUCAGAGUCUUUCUUGAGGGUAACGACGAUGUUCUAGAUCUCGAAUGGCUGAGAGAAACGGUCAACUUGUUGAGCACAGAGAUGAGCCUCCCACUCCUACCGCUUGAGGGAGCAAAAGACUUCGCAAAUUUCCCAGGGUACCAAAGAGACGUCUGGAAAUCAUGCGACCAAGGUCACGUUUAUUUCACGGGAUGGAUAGUGCGAGGCGGCGAAGACAUUCCGGUGGGCAGCGAAGGAUGCAGCAGGUGUACAACAGAGCAAUGAAAAUGGAAGAAGGACAGUUAACUGAAAGGAAAAGUGUCAUUACUUGUCAUAGAAACUAAUUUGUAGUGCUUCUAAUAAGGAGGAAAGGUGCAAAGUUCGAAAAGAAUGACAAUUCAUCACGUGGUAGCAGGCAAUGAAUUAAAGUCGUGAUUUGAGCAUGAAUUUGAAAGAACAUGAUGAAUCCACCGAAAGCGUUUGAAGAAGGCUGAAUACUACAGACUUGAAGCACGAUCAACAGUUCACCUGAGGUUGAUGUUUGAGAGGCGUGGUAGGACGUCACAGAUCUGAUGUAGUGUUAGAAGCAACUAAUUUCCAGACUAAGAAACGAAAAUGGAAACGUCAACUAAACCUGAGUGCGUUGGAGUGUCUUGCAGCAGGCCGUAGAUGUAUCUGUGCAUCGGCUUAACAGCAUGCCUUGUAAUGGGGAUGUUAAAAUCUCACUUAAUAGAUGAAUAACCCAUAACCAGGACAGUCUUGAAUUAAAGGACCUGCCAUUGGUUGGUCGUCUGUUUCAAUGACAGUGCUGGGAAUCAGUUCUCUUAUCCACAGCUAAACACCUUUUUGACACCAGAACAGUUAGAGGUAGAUGUCCUGAAUUGGAGAAUAUGCCGUACAGACAACUGGCGUUGUUCUCAUCUGAAUUGCAAUAAUAUUUGUGGAGAGGAAUACGACAGCCCUUGCUGUAAAGCCCAUCGUGCACCAGUUGUGGA